AUGCUCUCAGCAUUUACAGCUCGGCCUAUCAUAGAGCUAAAGCAGCGGGAUAAGUCCAAGAUUGAGACAAUCCUCGCGCAUGGCGAUCGCGUAUUCGUCGGCCUCAACAGCGGUGUGCUCCGCAUUUACCGCCUGAACGAGCUGCCCCCUCCGUCACCGAUCAAGGCCAAUGGCUCCCAGCCCACCGCGACGAGCACAACCCCGACGACCAACGACGUCCAACCGCCCCAACAGCCCGAAAAGCCGACGGCCCUGCUGCGCGAGGUAGAAAAAUUCUCGACUCGAGCGGUCGAACAGCUCGCCAUCAUCAAAGAAGCGAACACCCUCGUAUCACUGUCCAACUACUACGUCUCGCUGCACGAUCUGCAGACCUAUGAGCCGAUCGAAACGCUCCAACGAACGAAGAAUGCCACAUGUUUCGCCGUAACGUCGAACAUCGUUAAGGAUGCUGCUACGGGGAUACCGGAGAUCAUCAGCCGCAUGGCCGUUGCCGUCCGCCGGCGACUGUUACUAUGGAGCUGGCACGAGAGCGAGCUUAGUCCCGACGUCGGAGAGGUGACGCUGCCGGAAUCGAUACGGACUGUGACGUGGGCCAGCGCGACGAAGAUUGUGUGCGGAAUGAACGCCGGAUACGUCAUGGUCGAUGUCGAAAGCCAAGAGGUCGAGGAUAUUAUCAGUCCGGGCUCCGCCACGUCGGGCGGGCAGGCAAGUCGCUUCGGAGCGGUCGGCAGCGCGGGAAUGGGCUACAUGGGUCUCGGAGGAUACAUGCCCAAACCUCUCGCUGCGAAGCUGGCCGAAGGCGAACUGCUUUUGGCCAAGGAUAUCAACAGCAUGUUCAUCACCGACGAAGGCAAACCCAUCCGGAAGCGACAGAUCCCAUGGCAAGCGGCGCCUGAGCAGAUUGGCUACUCGUACCCGUACAUCUUAGCGCUCCAGGCGCCAGCAAAGGGCUCUCUGGAGGUGAGAAACCCGGACACACUGUCACUACUGCAGACCAUCUCCCUCCCCGGUGCGGCGCAGCUCCACUUGCCGCCGCCCAACCUCAGUCUUGCACACGCUGGCAAGGGUUUCCAUAUUUCGAGCGAUCGCUGUGUGUGGAGGAUGGGCGCCACCGAUUACGACUCCCAAAUCGACGAGCUGGUAGAGAAGGGCAAAUACGAUGAGGCAGUCAGCAUCUUGAACAUGCUGGAGGACGCCUUGCUACGGAACAAGAAGGAGACUCUGCGAGAAGUAAAGAUGCUGAAGGCAGAGAUGCUCUUCAAGCAGAAGAAGUACUACGACUCCAUGGACUUGUUCAACGAAGAUGACGUCCAUGCCCCUCCUGAGCGCGUGCUGAAGCUCUUCCCACCCUCAAUCGCGGGUGAGAUGUCCGGAUGGGCGCAAGGUGCGACAGAGGAAUCGGGUAGCGACGACAAGGAUGGCGAAGAAGAGGUUCACGAAAAGACAAACGGCGAUAAGUCGGCCAAGGACGAGCCGAGCGAGAACCCGGCAUCUCCCGCGAGAGGCGGCGUUGGCUUUGCCAAGCUGUUCAUGGGACACCGGAAACCGGCGCAGUCAGACACGGCGUCCAUAAUUUCUAAGACCAAUACGGUGGAUGUCGAAGAAACUGCGAGCAUAAAAGCCAAGCCAACAGAGAAUCAGCCCUUGGAAGGAGACGAUCUCCUGGCUGCUGUUCGAACACUAGCUGGCUACCUGGUCGGGACGAGAACACGCUUACAGCGGGUCAUCGACCCAAGCACCGGCAAGCUGAAGCGCACAAACAGCAAUGGGUCUCAAACUGAAGAUGCGAUGAAGGGCUUCAUGUCCACUGCUCACAGCGAGGAGACAGGCAGUCAGUUGGAGGGAGAGCUCCUCAGGACGUCCAGGAUGGUCGAUACCGCUCUAUUCCGGACCUACAUGACAACGAGUCCGUCUCUGGCUGGCUCGCUCUUCCGUCUGCCCAACUUCUGCGAUCCGGACGUCGUGAACGAGGCACUGCUUGCGCAUAACCGGUACAAUGAGUUGGUAGACUUUUUCAGCGGCAAGAAGCUUCACUCACAGGCGCUGGAGUUGCUGAAACGCUUUGGAACCGCCGAAAAGCCCGACGAGACCGCCCCUGCUCUACAUGGACCUCAGCGGACGGUGAUGUACCUUCAGAACCUGCCGCCGUCAGAGAUCGACCUGAUCUUGCAGUAUUCCGAGUGGACGCUCAAGGCAGACCCGAAGAUGGCCAUGGAGAUCUUCAUUGCCGACUCGGAGAACGCGGAGACGUUGCCUCGUGGUCGGGUCGCUCGGUUCUUGGGAGGUAUAGACCCCGCACUCGAGGUUCAGUACCUUGAACACAUUAUCAACGAGCUUGACGAUACGACUCCCGACUUCCACAACCGGUUGGUCGAGCUGUUCAUCAGACAGUUGAAGGAGAAGAAGAGGGACGAUGAGUGGGAUGCAGAUAUGGGGCGCUUCGUGGCGUUCCUCAGAACAAGCUCGCAGUAUAGUCUUAGCAAGGCAUUUGGUCUCAUCCCACGAGACGAUCCCUCGUUUUACGAGGCCCAGGCUGUUGUGCUCAGCAACAUGGGCUCGCACAAGCAGGCUCUCGAGAUUUACGUGUUCAAAAUGAAGAAUUAUUCCAAGGCAGAGGAAUACUGCAACAUGGUUCACAAGUCGAGAGAUUCCGCAGCCUCAUCACCGGAUCGAUCCCGAUCCCGUGAACGAUUUCAGCAGAGGCCGUCUUCGGCAACCGAUACAGAAGACUCGACCCCGUCGAUCUACCACACGUUGCUCUCGCUGUACUUGACGCCGCCGUCACCCCACAAACCUGCCUACGGACCAGCCCUCGAGCUACUCUCAAGACACGGAUCCCGUCUACCAGCAGCUUCAACACUAUCCCUGAUUCCAGAUGACCUCCCCGUCCGAGAUCUCGAGUCUUACUUCCGAGGCAGAAUUCGGUCUGCCAAUAGUGUCGUAAACGAGUCGCGCAUUGUCGCUCGGCUGCGAGACACGGAGCUCGUAUCAACACAAGCCUUGUUGCUCCUCGGUGACGGAAUUCCAGGCGGGCAAGGCGGGCGCAACAGAAGGGUAGUGAUCACAGAAGAACGUCUUUGCGGAGUAUGCCACAAGAGGCUCGGAGGCAGCACUGUGGUUUCUGUGCUGCCGGAUAACAGCGUUGUCCACUAUGGCUGUCUGAACAAGACCGGGUUGCAAAGGCCACAAAGCUCGCGGGCAGGCGAUUGGGCUCGAAGGUUUUCGUGA